UCGCCCGUCCCGGCGCGCCGCUCGCCACGGCUGCCCGGUGCGCGCCGCCGCCCCGCCCGCCGGGCCAUGGACUCGGACGCCAGCCUGGUCUCCAGCCGCCCGUCCUCCCCGGAGCCCGAUGACCUCUUCCUCACGGCCAGGAAUAAAGGCAGCGGCGGGGGCUUCACGGGCGGCACCGUGUCCAGCUCCACGCAGAGCGACUCCCCGCCGGAGCUGAGCGCCGAGCUGCGCAGCGCCAUGAGCGCUGCGGGGGUGGUGGUGGUGGACAAGCUGGGCUUCAAGUCCUCCUCGUCGUCCUCGUCGUCGUCGUCCUCCUCCUCCUCCAAGAAGGACAAGAAGCAGAUGACGGAGCCGGAGCUGCAGCAGCUGCGGCUGAAGAUCAACAGCCGGGAGCGCAAGCGGAUGCACGACCUGAACAUCGCCAUGGACGGGCUGCGGGAGGUGAUGCCCUACGCGCACGGCCCGUCGGUGCGCAAGCUCUCCAAGAUCGCCACGCUCCUCCUGGCGCGCAACUACAUCCUCAUGCUCACCAACUCCCUGGAGGAGAUGAAGCGCCUGGUCAGCGAGAUCUACGGCGGCCACCACGCCGGCUUCCACCCCGCCGCCUGCCCCGGCGGCAUGGGCGCGCACUCGGCGCCGCUGCCCGGCCACCCGGGCCACCCGGCCUCGCACCCCGUGCACCACCCCAUCCUGCCCCCCGCCGCCGUCUCCAGCGCCUCCCUGCCCGGCUCCGGCCUCUCGGCCGUCAGCUCCAUCCGGCCCCCGCACGGGCUCCUCAAGUCGCCCUCGGCCGCCGCCGCCGCCGCCGCCGCCGCCCCGCUGGGCAGCGGCUUCCAGCACUGGGGGGGGAUGCCGUGCCCCUGCAGCAUGUGCCAGGUGUCGGCCCCGCCGCACCACCACGUCUCCGGCAUGGGCACGGCCAGCCUGCCCAGAUUAGCCACCGACACCAAAUGAGUCCCUCCCGCCGCGCCCCCGGCACCUCCAGGACCUACAGACGCUCCCCCCCCGGCGGCAGCGGGACCGCCCCGCUCCGCUCCCGGGGCCGCCGGAGGGGCGGCGGGAGGGGAUGGAGCCGGCUCGGGCUCUGCCCUGCUCCCCGAACGCGGGGGAACCCUCCCGGCACGGUAAACCCCGCGCACCUCCCGUGGUUUUAAUUUUCCGACGAUGCCGAGGACUCCGCAGGAGGGGAGGGCGGCGGAGCCGGGGCUCGGCGCUACCGGAGGAACCAAAACUGCGGAGGGGCUUGGGCUCGUUUAUUCCUUCCUGCGCUCCUGCCCUCCCCUCUCCCGGUCUCGUUUCUACACGCGGAGCCUUCCGAGCCGCCCCCGGCUCGCAUGCCCCGGACUGCCCAUCCCGGGGGGCUCCGGGAGCGCCGGGUCCUGCCCUGCCCUCCCCGGGGCUGCGCCGGUUCUCGCUCCGGUGCGGGCUUUGUAAAUAGACCGAUAACGACGCGAGUCCGCUCUGCCUGAGCUUUCCGUCCGUGCACUUGUUCUGUGUCAGCCUCAUGAGUGAAAUAGGGGUCGGUUCGCCUUGAUUUCCUUCGUUUGGGUUCUUGGGGUUUGGUGGGUUGUUUUACUUUUAAGCCUAUAACACGUUUGUUUCCGUUUCUUUUUCUUUUACGUUCCUGCCACCUUUAACAAACUUCGAACUCUUUAAUGCUCUUUCUGUGUAGGAACUUUCACGCUGUCCGUGUUGCAAUACUGAGAACUUGGGCUUGUUUCUGAAAUAACAACUUUUCUUAUCGCUGUCCCUUGCA